AUGGCGGCAGCAUGUCUCUUCCUCUGCCUCGUCUCCGCUCUUGCCUUGCCCACCUUCUCUUCCUCCUCGCAGUCGCUGGCCAGCGCCACCAGCGACCAGCGGGACGCCGACAGAGUGGCGCGCCUCCCCGGGCAGCCGGAGAGCCCAAGCAUGUCGCAGUUCUCCGGCUACGUCACUGUGAACGAGCGCAACGGGAGGGCGCUCUUCUACUGGUUCUUCGAGGCGCAGACCACGCCGGAGGAGAAGCCGCUCCUCCUCUGGCUCAACGGAGGACCUGGUUGCUCCUCGAUUGGCUAUGGAGCUGCAUCUGAGCUAGGGCCUCUCAGAGUUGUCGGACGAGGAGCAGCGCUGGAGUUCAACGAAUAUGCCUGGAACAAAGAGGCUAACCUGCUGUUCUUGGAGUCUCCUGUUGGAGUUGGCUUCUCCUACACCAACACAUCCUCUGACCUUGACAAACUCAAUGAUGACUUUGUAGCGGAAGAUGCGUAUAGCUUCCUAGUGAAUUGGCUAGAGCGGUUUCCGGAGUACAGGGACAGAGAGUUCUACAUCGCAGGAGAGAGCUAUGCAGGUCAUUAUGUGCCACAGCUGGCUGAACUUGUUUAUGAUAGGAAUAAGGACAAGAAGGGCAAAGCGUAUAUCAACCUCAAGGGGUUCAUUGUUGGGAAUCCUAUUACUAAUUAUUACUAUGAUUCGAAAGGGCUAGCUGAGUAUGCCUGGAGCCACUCAGUUGUGUCUGAUGAAAUAUACGACCGCAUCAAAAAGUAUUGCGACUUCAAGAAUUUUAAUUGGUCUGAUAACUGCAAUGCUGUCAUGGAUAUCGUCUAUAAUCAGUACGACGAGAUCGACAUAUACAACAUCUAUGCACCCAAGUGCCUUCUAAACCAGAGUUCAGCGUCUUCUGAAAAUCAUGCAUUCUUCAUGAAUGAUCAGGACUACUUCAACAAGAAGGAAGUGCAGAAGGUGUUUCAUGCUAAUGUCGUCAGUGGAUCGCUUCCAGUGAAAUGGCAUGUCUGCAGUGAUCCCAUCCUGAAUUCCUACAAUUUCUCGGUAUUCUCGGUCCUACCCAUAUACUCUAAGCUCAUCAAAGCAGGACUGAGAGUUUGGCUCUACAGCGGUGACGCAGAUGGUAGGGUCCCAGUGAUCGGCUCCCGGUACUGUGUGGAAGCACUCAAGCUGCCUAUGAAGACCCAGUGGCAACCCUGGUACCUUGACAAACAGGUUGCUGGGAGGUUUGUGGAGUACUAUGGGAUGAGCAUGGUGACGGUCAGGGGUGCAGGUCACCUGGUGCCCCUUAACAAGCCUGCUGAAGGGCUGACACUGAUCAACACAUUCCUCCGUGAUUCCAAGGUCUCCGCCGCCCAUAGGGCAGCCAUAGUCACUCGGAUCAUGGUGUCGCCUCUGCCGGAGUCCUAUGUCACUACGGUCGAGGAUAUCGUCUUCCGCCGGGACUCUAAGGCCGUCGCCUCCCCUAGGGCAGCCACUGCAAAUGGGAUCUGCCUCCACCUGAUCCGCCUCCUCCUCGCCGAGAUCUUCACCGGCACUCAGGCCGCCGAUGCCCCUAGGGUUGCCGCCGCCACCGAGGAGGUUUUCGGACUCCCAGGUCGCCGCCACCGCUAG